CCCCGCCCCGCCCUGGACUCACUUCUCGGGGCCCGCCCCCCCACUUCCUGGCCGGAGGUUGGCCCCGCCCCCGCCCUCUCCCUUCUCCCAUUGGCCGCCGCGCACCUGCCCGUCCGUCGGGGGGCGGGGCGGGGGGCGGGGCGCGACGCCCAGGUGAGGGCGCGCAGCGGCCGCGGAGGAAGGUGACAGCGGGGACGGCGGGAGGGGGGUGGCGGCGGGCGGAACGUCCCGCAGGCCGACAGACGGACGGACAGACGGGCGGGCAUGCGGGAGGCCCGGCUCUAGCCCAGGCGCGGGGCUCCGGCGGCCGCAGCCAUGGAGCGGCGGCUGCGCGCGCUGGAGCAGCUGGCGCGGGGCGAGGCCGGCGCCGGCCCGGGACUCGACGGCCUCCUGGAUCUGCUGCUGGGGCUGCACCACGAGCUCAGCAGCGCCCCCCUGCGGCGGGAGCGCAACGUGGCGCAGUUCUUGAGCUGGGCUGGCCCCUUCGUGUCGAAGGUGAGAGAGCUCCGGCUCCAGAGAGAUGACUUUGAGAUCUUGAAGGUCAUCGGCCGAGGGGCCUUUGGGGAGGUGGCGGUGGUCCGGCAAAAAGACAGCGGACAGAUCUUUGCCAUGAAAAUGCUGCACAAGUGGGAAAUGCUAAAGAGGGCCGAGACCGCCUGUUUCCGGGAGGAGCGGGAUGUCCUGGUGAAGGGGGACAGCCGCUGGGUGACCGCCCUGCACUAUGCCUUCCAGGACGAGGAAUACCUGUACCUGGUCAUGGAUUACUACCCCGGCGGGGACCUCCUCACCCUGCUCAGCCGCUUCGAGGACCGCCUGCCGCCCGAGCUGGCGCAGUUCUACCUGGCCGAGAUGGUGCUGGCCAUCCACUCGCUGCACCAGCUGGGCUACGUGCACAGGGACGUCAAGCCGGAUAACGUCCUCCUGGACAUGAACGGGCACAUCCGCCUGGCCGACUUUGGCUCCUGCCUGCGCCUCAACAACAGUGGCAUGGUGGAUUCAUCCGUGGCCGUGGGGACGCCCGACUACAUCUCCCCCGAGAUCCUGCAGGCCAUGGAGGAGGGCAAAGGUCAUUACGGGCCCCAGUGUGACUGGUGGUCGCUGGGGGUCUGUGCCUACGAGCUGCUCUUCGGGGAGACGCCCUUCUACGCGGAGUCCCUGGUGGAGACCUACGGCAAGAUCAUGAACCACGAGGACCACCUGCAGUUCCCGCCCGACAUGCCCGACGUGCCAGCCAGCGCCCGAGACCUCAUCCGCCAGCUGCUGUGCCGCCAGGAGGAGCGGCUGGGCCGAGGGGGGCUGGACGACUUCCGGAAGCAUCCCUUCUUCGAGGGCGUGGACUGGGAGCGGCUGGCCAGCAGCACCGCCCCCUACAUCCCCGAGCUACAGGGGCCCAUGGACACCUCCAACUUUGACGUGGAUGAUGACACUGUCAGCCCCCCGGGGACCCUGCCACCACCGUCCCAUGGGGCCUUCUCCGGCCACCAACUGCCAUUUGUCGGCUUCACCUACACCUCUGCCAGCCUGGGCCCCAGGAGCAGCUCGGAGCCCGUGUUGACGCCGGAGCACGAGAAGGCCGAGCUGGGCCACCCGCCCCAAGAGGCCCUGCAGAGCCCCUCAGACCGCCAGGAGCUGGAGCAGCUGCGGAAGGAGGUGCAGAGGCUUCGGGACAGGCUGCCAGAAACGCUGACAGACGGCAAGACCCCCGGGCCACAGAGCGAGCGGCCCCCCAUGGGCAGCCCAGGCGAGGGCCGCCACGAGCACCUGCGGCAGGAGCUGGCUGAGGCCCAGGCCCAGCUGCGGGCGCAGGCGCAGGAGCUCCGCGGCGCUCUCGGCCGGCAGGAGGAGCUGCUCCGGGGGCUGCGCGAGGCGCAGGAGCGCGAGGAGGCCGCGACCAGCCGCGCACAGGCCCUGAGCUCGCAGCUGGACGAAGCCCAGGGGGCCCGGAGGGAGCUGCAGGCACAGGUGGCCACGCUGAGUCGGGAGGUUUCGCAGCUGCAGACCCAGAAGGAGCGAAGCCCCGAGAAGGAGCGCACGCCAGCCAAGACCGUGCACACAGCCGCAGAGACCAAUGGCACAGGGGCCGCCCCGGGUGGCCCCCAGGAAGCCCAGCUCAGGCGGGAGCUGGCCACCCUGCAGACGCAGCUGGAAGAGGCCCGCGGCCAGGGGUCCCAGGGCAAGGAGGAGGCCCUGUGUCGGCUGCAGGAGGAGAACCGGAGGCUGAGCAGGGAGCAAGAACGGCUGGUAGAAGAGCUGGAGCGGGAGCAGCAGAGCAAACAGCGGCUGGAGGGCGAGCGGCAGGAGACGGAGAGCAACUGGGAAGCCCAGAUCGCCGACAUCCUCAGCUGGGUGAAUGACGAAAAGGUGUCCAGGGGCUACCUGCAGGCCUUGGCCACCAAGAUGGCCGAGGAGCUCGAGUCCCUGCGCAACGUGGGCACCCAGACGCUCCCUUCGCGGCCGCUGGACCACCAGUGGAAGGCCCGGCGGCUGCAGAAGAUGGAGGCCUCCGCCCGGCUGGAGCUGCAGUCGGCCCUGGAGGCCGAGAUCCGCGCCAAGCAGGCGCUGCAGGAGCGGCUGACGCGGGCGCAGGAGGCGCAGCUGCAGAGCGAGAGCCGUUUGCAGGAGGCCGAGAAGCGGAACCAGGGGCUGCAGCAGGAACUGGCAGCGCUGCGGGAGGAGCUGCGGGCCCGCGGGGCUGGCGACUCGAGACCCUUCAACGCCCUGAUCCCCUUCCUGACCUUCCGGAACUCGGAGAAAGACACCUCCAAGGACCCCGGCGUCUCAGCAGAGUCCCCGAAGGGGCUGGAGCCAGAGCUGAGGCCCGAGGGCCGCCGCAGCCUGCGAUUGGGGGCUAUGUUGCCCAGAGCGCCGGCCUCGGCCACCACCCCCACAGACAGUCUCCCCGCCAAGCCCGGCUCUCACACGCUGCGCGCCCGGAGCUUCCCCGCCCCUACCAAGUGCCUGCGCUGCACGUCGCUGAUGCUGGGCCUGGCCCGCCAGGGCCUGGGCUGUGACGUCUGCGGCUACUUCUGUCACUGGGCUUGUGCCUCCCAGGCACCCCCCUGCCCCGUGGCCCCCGACCUCCUCCGCACGGGCCUGGGAGUGCACCCUGAGACGGGCACGGGCACAGCCUACGAGGGCUUCCUGUCGGUGCCCCGGCCCUCAGGGGUGCGGCGGGGCUGGCAGCGGGUGUUCGCCACCCUCAGCGACUCACGCCUGCUGCUGUUCGAUGCCCCCGACUCGCGGCUCAGCCCGGCCAGCGGCGCCCUUCUGCAGGCUCUGGACCUGAGAGACCCUCAGUUCUCAGCCACCCCUGUCCUGGCCUCGGACGUCAUCCACGCCCAGACCAAGGACGUGCCGCGCAUCUUCAGGGUGGCAGCCUCGCAGCUGACGGUGCCGCCGGCCGCGUGCGUGGUGCUGCUGCUGGCCGAGAGCACGCAGGAGCGGGAGCGCUGGCUGCAGGUGCUGGGCGAGCUGCGGCGGCUGCUGCAGGAUGCGCGGCCACGGCCCUGGCCCGUGUACGCGCUCAAGGAGGCCUACGACAAUGGGCUCCCGCUGCUGGCACAGACACUCUGCGCCGCCGUGCUCGACCAGGACCGACUCGCCCUGGGCACCGAGGAGGGGCUCUUUGUCGUCCAUCUGCGCAGCAAUGACAUCUUCCAGGUGGGAGAGUGCCGGCGGGUGCAGCGUCUGGCCGUGAGCCCCACGGCGGGCCUGCUGGCAGUGCUUUGUGGCCGCGGCCCCAGCGUCCGCCUCUUUGCCCUGACGGAGCUGGAGAGCGCAGACGCAGCAGGAUUCAAGAUCCCGGAGUCGCGGGGCUGCCAGGCGCUGGCGGCCGGGCGCAUCCUGCAGGCCCGCACCCCCGUGCUCUGCGUGGCCGUCAAGCGCCAGGUGCUGUGCUACCAGCUGGGCCCGGGCCCGGGGCCCUGGCAGCGCCGCAUCCGCGAGCUGCAGGCACCAGCGCCCGUGCAGAGCCUGGGGCUGCUGGGAGAUCGGCUGUGCGUGGGCGCGGCUGGCACCUUCACCCUCUACCCGCUGCUCAAUGAGGCCGCGCCCAUCGCUCUGGGAGCCGGGCUAGUGCCCGAGGAGCUGCCACCGUCCCGCGGGGGCCUGGGCGAGGCGCUGGGCGCUGUGGAGCUGAGCCUGAGCGAGUUUCUGCUGCUUUUCACCACUGCCGGGGUCUACGUGGACAGCGCUGGCCGCAAGUCUCGAGCCCAUGAACUGCCAUGGCCGGCAGCACCCACGGGCUGGGGCUACGCGGUCCCCUACCUGACAGUGUUCAGUGAGAACGCCAUCGACGUGUUCGACGUGAGGCGCGCAGAAUGGGUGCAGACCGUGCCCCUCAAGAAGGUGCGACCCCUGAACCCAGAGGGCUCCCUGUUCCUCUACGGCACCGAGAAGGUCCGCCUGACCUACCUCAGGAACCAGCUGGCAGAGAAGGACGAGUUCGACAUCCCCGAGCUCACGGACAACAGCCGGCGCCAGCUGUUCCGCACCAAGAGCAAGCGCCGCUUCUCCUUCCGCGUGUCUGAGGAGCAGCGGCAGCAGCAGCGCAGGGAGAUGUUGAAGGACCCAUUUGUUCGCUCUAAGCUCAUCUCAGCGCCCACCAACUUUAACCACCUGGUGCAUGUGGGCCCUAAUGAUGGGAGGUCCUCCGCCAGGAAUCUGAGUUCGGCUCCUGAAGAGAAGGGCCGAGGUGGCCGCAGCUCAGGCUCCCAGCGACCCCAUAGCUACUCGGAAGCCCCGCGGCGCCCAGCUUCCAUGGGCAGUGAAAUGCUCAGCGCCGUUGCCGACUCGAUGAAACGGAAGCCUUGGACGUCUCUGUCCAGCGAGUCUGUGUCCUGCCCCCAGGCGUCUCUGAGCCCUGCAGUGUCGCUGGUGCAGGUCUCCGAACGGCCCCGGAGCCUCCCCCCGGCCCCCGAAUCCGAGAGCUCCCCUUGAUCUGCGCUGCAGGGUCCACCCCAAUCCUGAACAGAGCGCGGAAAGAGCAGAGAGCGUGAAGGAGGCCGGAAUCCGGCGGGUCCGGACGAGAGACAGGGAGACGGGCUGGGGCCCCAGGACUCGGGGCUGGCUCCUUCCCCUCUGCUCAGCCCCCACCUAUGACCGCUGCUGGGGACAGAAUACGCCCCCAUUUGGCCCGGGUACCCGAGCGGGGCCCGCUGUCCAGUGCCAAGUAUCAGAAGGCCUCUAAGAGUCAGGGUGGACAAAGAUGGGGUUCCCGGGGCAACCGGGGGUCCUGACUGAGGACUGUCGAGCCAUGUUUGACGCCACAUUAGGGCACAUCCCUGUCUGCUCAGGGCCAGGGAGAAGCCACGCUCCGAGCCCAGAGAGGAGAGAGCUGGAGAGGAAAAGAGGGAAGGGAAAGUGAGUCAGGAGGGAGAGAGAAGGAGAGGGAAGGGAGAGUGAUGGGAGGAGGCGGAAGUCGAAGGAGAAGGACGAGGUGGAGAAGGAGGAGGAAGAGGAAGGAGAAAGGAACAUGGGGGGACCUUGAAGAAGAGGAGAGAAGACGGGGAACAGGAGAGGAGCGGCUGGUGGGGUGGGAGAUCGGGGCUUAUGACUGUUUGCCAUCCGCCCAGAGGACAGGGCGGGACGCAAGGGCAUGGGAGGGUAUUUAUAAGGGCUGCCUGUGGGGAGACGGGCAUCCUUGAUGGUCUGCGGGCAUAUCUGGCCUUCCCAGAAAUGGGCGGUCCUUUCCAAGCUUCAGCCAACUGUGUAUUAGGGAGCCUUAGGGGCAUUUUAUUAUUGAUCAUAUUGUUAUUGUUAUUAUAUUGCUAUUUUUAUUAAACUUCCCCUACUGAUAACUGGGGGGCAAAAAAAAAAGUAUUUAUCCUCUCAGACACUCUGUUCCCAGCUGGGAUCAGGCCUGACUCCAUGAGGCAGUAUGGAAACAAUAAAGAACUUUCGAAGCCAUCCUCCUCCCUGCCUGCCUCUCUCCUCCCGGGGUUCAGGGGGGAUCAGGAUGAAACACACAUCUGGCUAUAACUGUGUCCAAAAUAAAAAAUAUUCUCUGAGACUGGAGUGAUAGUACAACGGGAAAGCUGUGUACCUUGCACACUGCCAACCCGGGUUCGAUCCCCAGGAUACCAUAUGGUCCCCCCAUGCACUGCCAGGAGCAACCCUGUGCAUUGCCAAUGUGACCCAAAAAUUUAAAAAAAUUAAAAAAUCUGGCAUUGAAAACAAAACUGAAGAAGCUGAAGGGGUAGAUCAUGGGUAGGGAGGGUGUUUGCCUUGCACGUGGCCUACCCCAUUUUGAUCCCCAGCACCCUCUAGGGUCCCCCAAGCCCUGCCAGAAGUGAUCCCUGAGUGCAGAGCCAGUGUGAGGACUAAGCUGGCAUCCUCCCCAAAGGGCUUCAGAGCCCUUUGUACCCUUUGUCUUCCUGCCUUCUGUGCCCUGAACCCCCUCCUCCUGAGAGCCUCCCAGGAUUGUAACCUGCAUCCCUUCACCUUGGGCCUUAGGCCCCUGCAGUUCCAUUGCCAACGCUGCCCCUCCCGACUAGUCCCACCUUCACCCAAGAGCGGUUCCUUUACACACUUCUUCACCCACCUCUCACAGUCCCUAACCCUCUGCCCAGGCCACAGCCCUGCCCUCCCCCUGCGGGAGCGCCCAGGCUUCCCGCUCCCCACUGGCCUGCCUGCGAGCUGCAAACGGCAGCCACAGCCCCCUUGCAGACGCUCGGAGUGAACGCAAGUGACUGGUACACCGCCGUCCCCGUCUGAUCAGAGCGUGCCUCUCAGUUCCCUCUUCCCACGAACAAGACAC